AGUUUAAACUUUAAUUUCAGGACAACAGUAUAGUUAAUUACUAAAAAGAACGCAGAGGAGGAUAAUGAUGCUAGGAAAUGGACAGCUUUCUGUUCCGCCUGGCUUUCGAUUCCAUCCCACCGAUGAGGAGUUACUCUAUUAUUAUCUGAGGAAGAAGGUCUCGUACGAAGCCAUCGAUCUUGACGUUAUUAGGGAAGUGGAUCUCAACAAACUCGAGCCAUGGGACCUCAAAGACAAAUGUAGAAUUGGAUCAGGUCCUCAGAACGAGUGGUACUUUUUCAGCCACAAGGACAAGAAAUAUCCAACAGGAACUCGAACGAAUAGGGCCACCACAGCUGGUUUUUGGAAGGCGACGGGCAGAGACAAGGCCAUUCACCUCAGCAGUAAAUGCAACUCCUCCAUGGCCAAGAGGAUUGGCAUGAGAAAAACUCUAGUCUUCUACACGGGACGUGCCCCCCAUGGCCACAAGACUGACUGGAUUAUGCAUGAGUACCGCCUAGAUGAUUAUCACGACAACAAUGCAUCUCAACUACUUCAUCAGGAAGAUGGAUGGGUCGUCUGCAGGGUGUUUGAAAAGAAGAGUACAAGUCAUAACAGGGGGAUUGGUCACCUACCAGAUCAAUAUGCUCCUCAAGAUGAUCAAGAAGAACACUACUUUGGUGCUGAUGCUCAUAUGAUCAAAGCAAGUACAUCUACUACAGGACCAUCCACUUUGAUAUUGGAACCUAAACAGAAUUUGCAACAAGCGCUAUAUGAUAGUAACUUUGGUGGCUACUCCUCCUCAUCUUCCAUACAUCUCCCACAGUUGUUGAGUCCUGAUCAUCAUCAUCAAUCGACGUCUUUUGUCAAUUACAUGAAUGGCUCUUUUAUAUCGCCUACUGCUAUCUCCUCCUUCAACAACAUGGAUAUCGAAUGCUCUCAAAAUUUGUUAAGGCUUACAUCAGCGGGUGGUAAUUCUACUAAUGGAAGAGAAAUCCUGCAACAACAAUAUAAGCAGGAGAGGACAACCUUUAAUGGUACUGAUUGGUCGUUCUUGGACAAGCUACUUGCUUCCCACCAAAACCAAAACCAAAAUCAACUGGAGGAUCAGAAUAAAUGCCACCCUUCCUCCCAGGCUAUUGAUGUGGGUCCUUCAUCUCAAAUAUAUGGAUUCCCAUUUGAUUACAUUGGUUGUGAAACAGAUGUUUUGAAGUUUUCUAAGUAAGCUAGCUAGCUAGCGUUGACGCAAGAUUUUUAAAGUCUCGUUAAUUCCACUAUCUCUAAUUGUGCACUCGGACAACUAUCCCUAAUUUUUAGUUAAAGGAAUGGU